AUGGAGUCUCUGCCUCGACUGGCCUACGGACCGUCGCCACCGCCGACCGAUGUCAAGGGACAAUCACGAGGCCGCAGGAUGGGCAAAAAGCAGCGCGUCGCUCCUCCGUCUGCCGCGCGUGCUGACGCUUCCCAUGCCGUCACCACACCGCAUCGUAAGAGAGAAGCGAGGCUGCUUGUGGAGGAGUACUGGCAGUCGGUCUGGCACUCCCACCAUGACUCGCCGCUGUACCACACCUACUCGGAUCGCUACGGUGGCGCCAAAGGAAUUCCGUACGCUUCGCGGAAAGCGGUGCAGGGCGGCCGUGCCGCGGGGGGUCGUGGCACCGUUGGCUUCGACGCAGCAGGUUACUGCACGAGUGUACCAGACUGCUUGGCCGCAGCAGACACCGCCUUCAGUGAUGGCCAACUGGCAGAGGCAAAGGCGCAGCUUCAGCUUGCUUUUACGGUGCUGCAGAAUGACGCCGAGCCGCGCGGCUUGCUGACUGUGGAGUCUUUGACUCAGUUCCGCGGCGACUGUGCCGAGGACGCGCAGCGGUCGUUCUGGCUGGCGGAGGUACUCCGGCGGAUGGGGACGUUGGAGCUCAUUCACGGACGCUACGCAGAGGCGCGUGAGUUGUUCAGCGGCAGCAUCGUCGCGAGCCCACUCCACUUAGACAGCUACCUUCUGCGUGCCUCCUGUUGUGAGGCGCUUCGGUGCUUCGCCGAGGCGUACGAGGACUACACUAAAUACAUGAAGAUGAGGGGGCCCUCGAUGGGGGUAUUGGCCCACAGCGGCAAGUGCGCCGCCGAGGCGGGCCUCUGGGAAAUGGCACGCGAGCAGCUGAGACGUCUGCUCGAGUUGUCGCAAGAGCUGCUUGCGCGUAUAGCCGCCGUGCAGGAGCAGGCCCCAGAUGGUGCGAGCAUUCAAAGCACCCAUCGGAUGUCUUCCUCUCUGCCGCUCCUCACUAGCGCAACGUGGGCUGUCGGCUCCCUCACUCAGAACAUGGGUGCCGGUGCUCCUUCGAGUCUCGAGCUGCUGCUCAGUGCAUGUGCUUUUUACGUUACCCACGCAUACUUUUACCUUGGCUACGUUGCCGAGGCCGAGGCGACGUCGGCGGCAUCGGCGAAGCCUGCGGAGGCGGCCGCACUGCGUCGUCAGGCAUCGUACCACUACAGCGUUGCGGUACGUAAUGUAGACUACGUGCAGUCUUACGAAGACAGCGUGAGCAGGUCGAUGGCGGCCGGCGACUACGCACUUGCUCGUCACUUGCUGCGGUAUCUUCAGAGGAUGAAGCCCGACUGCGCCGGAUACUUCCUCGACGCUGCACGGGCGUGCCGCGCAGAGGGCGAUGUUCAAGGCGAGCUUCGAGCGCUUUCUGCAGCAUUGGAUCGCCAGCAGACUAACACUGAGCGCCGCUCCACUCUCUUCGUGCGCGGUGCUGUACACGCUGAUCAGCUGCACGACUGGUCGCGUGCUAUCCGUGACUUCACACUGCUCCUCGCCAUUCCAUCGGUGCAGCAGCCGGCCGCGGAGACUGGUGGCGAGGCGGUCGUGGUGGACUGGUUCACACCGCUAGCACUAGUGCGACGCGCCGCAGCGUACCGCCAUCGUCAAGAGGAAGGUGGUCGUGCUCGCUUGCUGCAGCGCGAGGAUGAGGAGGCGGCCCUCGCUGACUAUGCUGCGUUUCUUGACGCCCUCGCCAAGACGACCACGGCCACCGGGUGCGACACGGCGGGCGUGCCUGAGCUGUGCCAACCACAGCACGUUACCGCGGCUCUUCUAGUCCUUGCCAACGGGGCCUAUCACCGCCAUCAGUAUUCCAGUGCGGUCCGCUAUUUCUGUCGCGCCAUAGCUCUUGGGUGGCAUCCCGAGUCAUCCACGCCUGUGCUUCUUCCAGCAACUGAGCGACUGGCGGAUCAGCUGUACACGUCAAUGGCACAUCACGUUAUGACUGUGUAUCCGCCCGGCGAUGACAUGUUCCGUCUGCCGUAUGAGGCACGUGAAGCUACGACCCUGUCCUUCAGUAGCUCCCUCACUGGGCUCACUGAGACCCGACGGGGCAUGAAACUGAAUGAGCGCGGCGGCGCUGGCGGCAGCCGUGUCCCCGGAGCCGAAGGCGAGCGCAGCGGGUUUACGUACCCCCCACUGAUGUACCUCAUGGUGGAUCAGCGCUAUCAGCAGCUGCGUGCGCUUGAGCCCACCGUCUUCGCCGCCAUCGAGGACGAGUUUCUGGAUGUGUGGGAGCCCUAUCGUAUGGAGGUGGAGCGACUCAAAGAUGAGGUCCUCUCCACCCGCGCCUGUAGGCGUGGAAAGCGAUGA